AUGACCGCUGCAGCCACCGCCGGCGGCACCCACAAGCUCACCAGCACCAAGGAGGAGAGGAAGCUAAGGAAACCCCUCAUUGAGCGGAAGCGAAGGGAAAGGAUUAAUAACUGCUUGGACCAGCUGAAGGAGACUGUUGUGGGCGCAUUUCAUCUGGAUGUAAGCGCUCAUUUUUAUGCUGCUUUUUGUCCUUUUGCUGGUGGGGGAUUGGUUGGGGGGGGUCUCCCUCUUUUGAGAAACAGCAGCAAGCUGAUGGCUGACUCCAAGGUGGGUCUGGAAGCCCAGCAGAGGUACAGCACCGGGUACAUUCAGUGCAUGCACGAGGUGCACAACCUCCUCCUCACCUGCGAGUGGAUGGACAAGACCCUCGGGGCGCGCCUGUUAAACCACCUGCUGAAAUCCUUACCCAGGUCUGGCGAAGACACCUGCAAAGCAGCAUUAAGGCCUUCGAGCCCAUCUCAGCAGCCUCUCUUGAUGGCAAAAAGCCCCCUGAGCCCUAAGGGGAGCACUCGGGGCACAAACCCAUCACAGGAGCGCUUCAACCCUGUGGAGAACAAGCAGGCUUCAAAAAAUCCCUUCCAGCUGCCAUUGCUGUCGGUUUUCAGCCAGGUUGAUGCUGCACCUCCCAGACAGGUCCUGCAGCCAAAUUUUUCCCAUAACAACCCUAGAAUGGGGUCAUUAGAUAUGUGGAGACCAUGGUAA